GUUGCAACAUCAUGGUGAAGAUCAGCGAGCGUGUACACUUGUUGCGGAAUGCAACAGCUCAAUUGGAGCGUCGCUUGUUCAUGAGAUUGUGCCGAGAAUUGCUCGACAACGAGGACAGCGACGAAGACGAGUUAGACCAACAAUGUUUGCAACUACUCCAUGCCAUUGAGCGGCAACGGUAUUCUGUUGUGAGGCGCAACGACCCGUUCAAGCGAACCCGGUUCCACCACUUCCUUUUUGAAAUCAAGGAUACGAGAUUCCGCAAGCUGUUUCGUAUGGAACGUCGCUCCUUUCACAGCAUUUUGGCUCUCAUUGACAAGCAGCCCACGUUUCGUUCCAUUCAUGGCAAAGUCACCAAAGCCCCCGUUGCCCACCACUUGCUCGUGUUUUUGUAUUACUUGGGCGCUAAUGGCAACGCCGUGUCCAACGAGCACCUUGCGUCAUUUUUUGGAAUUGGUGCCGGAACGGUCAGUCUGUUCAUUCGCCGUGUUACGGACGCAGUUGUGCUGCUUCGUGACCAGUUCAUAGGUUGGCCAAACCGUGACGAAUCACUUGCAAUCGCCGGAGAGAUCCAAUCCAUGUGUGGCUUCUCCAAUUGUGUUGGGUUUAUCGAUGGCACUCUCUUUCCGUUUGAGUUCAAACCGACCUUGCAUGGUGAAGACUACUACUCGCGCAAGGGGUGCUACGCUGUUGCUGCUCAAAUUGUUUGUGACCACCGUGCCAUUAUUCGUGAUAUCUACACCGGUUGGCCUGGAUCUACUCACGACAACCGACUUUGGCGGAACAGUAAAUUGUUCAUCCAUGCCAGGCAGUAUUUUGAUCGGAGUCAGUUCUUGUUGGGCGAUUCGGCUUACCAAUUGUCGUCCUGUUUGGUUCCGGCAUUCAAAAAUCAAACCCAUCAAGUCAUGGAGCAUCAUAAGUCGUGGUUUAACUCGCAUAUCGCCAAAGGACGAAUCAAAGCUGAGCACUGCAUUGGAAUGCUGAAGGGUCGUUUUCAGUAUUUAAAACGCAUUCGCAAAGUUAUGGACGGCAAACCAGCAAUGGCUUCCAUUAUCAAAACAAUUCUUGCUGCUUCGAUCCUCCACAACAUCCUGGUAACCGAGGAUGAUAUUGUCCCUGCGGCUUGGAUCGAGCUCCAAGUCAACUGCAAUUGCAAUGCUGAUCUCCGUGGGUGUCGUGUAUGCUUCCCCCCAAACACCAUCGAGCCCACCGAUGAUAUCGAGAGCGCCGACAAACGCAGCAUCGUACUCAACCAACUACUCAUUGAGACUGGCUACCCUUUUUAACACGAAAGCAUUUCCA